AUGACAUUCCGAAGCACCUUGGUGGGCAAAGACGUUGGCCAAUAUGAACUGGUCCACGGGGUUCCAGUUCCAGAGGCAGGGCCCGAUCAGGUCGUCUGCAAGGUUGGAGCUAUUGCCCUGAACCCGACAGACUGGAAGAUGGUGGACUUUUCUGUGGUGCCAGGCGCAGUUGGUGGACACGAUUUUGCUGGAGAAGUGGUUGAGGUUGGGCAAGGGGUGACGCGAUUGAAAAAGGGCGAUAGAGUGCUUGGGCUUGCGAUUGGCUUCAAUGCGGAUGAUAUGAGGAUGGGCGCCUUCACCGACUACGCCGUCACAUACGCCCAUGGCGCUUGGAAGAUACCAGAUUGGAUGUCAUAUGAUGAAGCGGCUACGUAUGGUGUCGGAAUUGGAACAGCAACAUUAGCGCUAUACCAAACACUUGCUUUGCCGCCUCCUAUCGUGGACGACGAUGGCAAGGUUACAGCCAAGAAGCUGAAGAAGCCGGUGUAUGUGCUAGUAGCAGGAGGUGCGACUGCAACUGGCACCAUUGCCAUUCAACUGGCCAAAGCUUCUGGCCUCACCGUGGUAACAACCUGUUCUCCUCAACACAAGGAUCUCCUUUUGUCUCUAGGCGCCACCGCCAUCUUCGAUUACAACUCGCCAAACUGCGCCAUAGAAAUCCGCAAUUACACCAACGAUACCCUUCAAUACGCCUUGGACUGUGUAACCGAAGCAGGAACCAUGAAAAUGUGUUACGACGCCAUCGGUUCUGCCGGUGGUCGCUACGUCGGGCUUGAGCCGUUGGCCACACAUAUCCAAUACACGCGUCGAACAGUUCAUGCAGACUGGGUCAUUGGCCGCACGCUCUCAGGGCUUCCCGUACGGCUAGAUGGAGCUUAUGGCCGACCAGCCAGACCUCAGGAUCGCGAGUUUGCCGAGGUAUUCUUUGCUCUAUCGGAGCAGCUCAUCGCACAGGGCAUGCUAAAGCCGCAUCCAAGAGAGCUACGGACAGGUGGUUUAGAGGCAUUGGUUGAGGGAAUUGAUGACCUUCGAAAGGGCAGGGUUCGAGGAAAGAAAUUAGUUUAUCCUUUAGCAUGA